AUGGGAGUGCAUAAUCUAAACGGUAAAAGUGACAGUAACACUGACAGUGACGGGUACAGUGACAUUGUGGGUACAGUGAAAGUGACUUUGACAAACACAACAACAUGUUUAGUGACUGAGACACUGGGAGUAACAAGGACAAUGACAGUGACAAUGAGACUGACAUCGAAAGAAGAAAGGAUAGUGACAGUCACGAGUAGAUUAACAGUGAAAGGGAGAGAGACAGAGAAAGAAACGUUGAAUUUGACUUUGAGAGAAAGCGACAAAGUCAGUGACAUUGACAGGAAUAGUCACGUUCAAUUUAGUGAAGGUGACAGUUACAAAAAAAAUAAAAGUGAUAAUGAAAGAGGCAGUAACAGCGACUGUGACGAAGACGGUGACAUUGAAAGUGACAGAGACAGUUACAGUAACAUUGACAAUGACAAUGACAAUGGCAGUGACAGAAUCAGGGAAAGGAAAGCGUCAGAGUCAUAUAAACACAAUGACAGAGAAACUGACAGUGAUUCUGAGAGUGACAAUCACAGUGACAGAGAAAAUAUCGAAGGCAGUGAGAGUUACUGUAAUAAUGAAAAACGACAGAGACUUUGCAGUGACAUUGACAGUGACAUUGACAGUGAACGUGACAAUCACAAUAUUAGGGACAGGGACAGUGAGGUGAACAGUCAAGUGAGACUGAUUAAGACUAUGACAAUGACCCUGACAGUGACAGUGACAGUGAGACAGUGA